CGCUCUAGGCUGGUUCAUUGUUGAGAGAGAGGGACGGAUUUAGGAUGGGUGACCUACAUCGGGGGAAGAACUGGCGAAAUAUGAUCCGUCUGCUCCCCUGAAUACAAAAUGGAGGAUGUUCGAACGCGGGGUUGAGAAAGUUUGUUGAUGGUGUUUUAGCGGUGUGGACAUGGGAGGAGAGGAUUGCAGGGUAAAGUCUCUGCAGUUUAUCGGAAAGUCCUGUUAGGGAAAAAACUGGUAGAUAGUGCACUGCAUCAGCGAUGGAGGGAAGCAGUGAUUGAAGGAAGAUCAUACCUGGAUUGCUGUGAGUGAAUUGAUGGAGUGGUGCCUAGUAACACCCCGGUGUGAAUGUGACCGGGUGGUGGAAGGGAAUUCAGUGUUGGAAACUUGCGACCGAUGUGUGUGCUAAUUUACAUGGUCAUUCAACAAGUUGCUCAUGCAUGUUUAACGUGCCUGUUAUGCAGAAGGACGAGCUGGUGCCGUGGUUUUCUCCUUAUUGGAUUAAAGUAACAAACAUAUGCAACUGUAAUGACUGAUUUGCCACAAUGAUAUGGUGCUAUACGGAACUACGUUUUGGGAUAGAUUAUUCAUACGGCCUUAUCAAGAAGUGGAACGAUUUACUUUAAUACUCUGGUUUUCCUGCUGAGUUUUCUUAAUUCAUCCCAAUAUUGACACAGUGGAUUAGAGAGCGGCUCUGAAUGUUAAACGAUUUUGAGUAUUUGUUUAGGGUGAUCCCUCGUCACCCCUUGUACAUACGACAUAUCAUAUGACGAACAUCCAUUAAACUCUGCCGCUCCAACAGUUCUUGAUGUUUUCAAGUGGGGUAUUUAAGUUUCCUGAAAACAUUUCGUGAGAAGGGUCAGUUGAGGUGUAUACGUCGGAAGUCUGGAUUGAGUUAACACAAACACAAUCCGUGAAUCAUAUCCACACCCUAGUGUUACUCGCCUGUUUCCAACAAUGGCACUACUCUCAGACACAAUGGACGGGGCGCAUACUGUAUUACACUUUACAAAACGUUCAACUUUAUUUAACAUUGUUGCAAUGUUAAUAUUUCUAGACUUGCUUAAAUCGUCCCAUAGUGCAAAUUGUCACAUUAAUACAACGAAUUGCAUACCUUUUGGAAUAAAAGGUAAAAAAUGUUUAGGAACAACGCUGGACUUUGAGUACACGUCUCUGGAAUUUGCCAACGAUUCUUCAACUCUGGCCCAGGUGGAUGAAAAGCUGGCACUUUGGAGCGGGCUACAAAAUGUCCCGCAGUGCUGGUCAGUUGUACAGCCGUUCCUGUGUUCUGUGUAUUUCCCCAAGUGUGACAACAACACGGAGCUCUUGGAACUACCCAGUAAGGAGCUCUGUGAGAAGAUUAGAGAGCCUUGUAAAAUAGUGGAGUCUUUCCACAGCUGGCCGUCGUUUCUCCAAUGUCACCAACCCCACUUCCAGGAAAAUUGCAAGCCCGAGUCGUAUGAGAAAGCGUCCUUCAACACAACAGGUCGGUGUGAGCCCCCGCUGAUCAAGACGUCCUUGAGGGAGAGCUGGUACGAGGAUGUUGAGGGGUGUGGCAUCCAGUGUCAGAACCCACUCUUCACCCUAGAGGAGCACCAGGAAGUUCACGCUUUCGUCGCCGUCUGGGGGGCGCUGUGUCUCGUCUGCACACUCUUCACUGUGCUGACGUUUGUGAUAGACUGGAAGAAUGCCAACAAAUACCCUGCCCUCAUUCUGUUCUACAUCAACGCCUGCUUCUUUGUGGGGAGCAUCGGUUGGCUGGCCCAGUUUGCUGGAAAUGCUCGUGAGGACAUCGUGUGUCGCUCUGACCGAACUGCACGUAUGGGAGAGCCACAGCUUGGGUCUGGAGAGUCGGCGUCCUGCACGGUGGUGUUCCUGCUGGUGUACUACUCCAUGAUGGCUGGGGUCACCUGGUUCGUCAUGCUGGCCUAUGCAUGGCACAUCACCUUCAAGGCCCUGGGCACGCCCCGAGACAACCUCAGCAGCAAGACAGCCUACUUCCAUCUCGUCAGCUGGUUCCUGCCCCUCGUCUUGUCCAUAGUCUGUCUGGCAAUCUCAGAGAUUGAUGGAGAUUCACUAAGCGGAAUCUGUUUUGUUGGGUACAUGAAGCAUGGCAUCCGAGCUGGAUUUGUCCUUGGUCCUAUAGCAGUGGUGCUUGUAUGUGGACUCGUCUUCCUGGUCAGAGGUCUUAUUACGCUGAUCAAGAUCAGAAAGAAUGCCCCAACCUUCAUCAGUGAAAAAGCUACGUCCAAAAUCCGAGAGACAAUUCUCCGUUUAGGUAUAUUUGCAACGCUUGCAUUUGUGUUUGUGUUGAUCACAUUCUCUGUCCAUGUGUACACAUUUGCCAACGAAAACAAGUGGAGAGAGAGCUUUAAAGAGUACAUGUAUUGUGAGGCCAACGUGACAAUAACCCGUACCGUGACCAACACCACCGGCAGGACAUGUGAGGUUGCACACAAACCGAGUGUGGUGGCGCUAGAGAUCCACAUCUUCGCCUUCUUCGGGGCGGGCAUCGCGAUGAGUUCCUGGUCCUGGAACAAGGCCUCCUUCAAUGCCUGGGAGAGAUUCCUCAGGAAGGUGUUCCGCAAGCCGUCCAACAAGCCAGUCAAACUGAAGAAACACAAGAUGAUUGCCCAGGCCUUCGAGAAGAGAAAGAACAUCAACAAUGGCCGCAUGUCCAUCAGCUUCCACAGUACGCAUGACGACCCACUAGGGAUGAAGUUUGAUCUCAACAGUGUCAGUUCCCAUGACAUGUCAUCCAACUUUGCUGCUGCCAUGCCGAAGCUUGUUCGACGACGAGGUGGUCUCAUUCAGCCUGUGGCUGGGACACUUCGCAGAUACUCUGACUCAGAUAUUGGCUCUGUGAUCUCAAGGAGAAUGUCUCAGGAUUCCCAGCUAGGACAAGCCAUUGGACAACCUCAGCUAUCCAUAGAUCCUGAUUCCAAGGCAGAAAAGAAAAAGCGAAAGAAGAAGAAAAAGAAAAGGCGAAGAGCUCACAAGAUUCAGCCAAUCAUAGCCCCUGUUUUAAAUGCCCUCCAUGCUGUGGGUGGUCGGCGAGGGCUACGUCGAGGCAGCGACACAUCCGUGAUCAGCAGAGCCUCGGCUCACAGUGUGCGAGUGUCCAUCGAGAGGAACAGCAUGGAGGCCAUCUCUAUAGCGUCAGUACCUAUGUCUCAUCACGGUGAUAUUGACACUGUUGACCUGAGUCAGAUACCGUCCACCAGGGCAGGAUCUCAACCAGCAAAGCCACACACAAACUUCUCUCUGUUCACAGCCAGUGGCUUGUUGCAGCCCAGAGGCAGACCAAGUGUGCAGGAGUUUGCUGCGGUGAAGAGGUCGAGGAGAAGUCGCCGAUCGGAAGUCACUGUGGAAAUGUCGGAAUCUAACUUUCAAAGUAGUCGGCCCCGACCUGGACAAUUAAAACCCAUAGAAACAAUUAUAACCCUGGAAUCAGAGGAUGGGUCCCAAUCAGCUUAGGCAGAAUGUCCCUCUGAGCUCUGAUAUUUUAUGACACCAAGUCUACUAGUCUAUUCCACAAGGAGGUGAUGGUGUUUAUAUGUAAAUUGUAAGUCAUAGACUCAGUAAAGAAACAGCUGACUUGAUAAAAAUAUGCUCUAUCCCUUCUGAAGAGUUGGACUUAUGCCAGAUGCUGUAUUAGAUGUUAGUAUCGACAGUCCCAUGUGGUAUGCAUAUAUAACGAAUUAAAAAAGUUUAUGACAUUUUACGAAACAUACCACCAAUGUGUUGUGACAUUGUCACAGGUUAGGUUCACCUCCAGAACUUGUCAGGAUGUUGCAGCUCCUGAGCAGAGCAGAUGCAUCCACAGUGCUACCUGAUGUGUAUAGUACUAAAUUAUAGUACAACUUCAGAUCCCAACAAGGAUGGGGUGGUUUCAUUCCAAGGACAGAUAUACCAUCUUUGUGUUCCCUGCUUGAUGGCAGUAGUGUUCUGGACAUGAAGAUGGUGUUGUUAAUAUUAACAGGAUACCUGGACCUGUUCCUCAAAGCCAUCGACUGCCAUGAGUCUAUGUUAAAGUGUAGGAGACAAGGAGUUACGAUUAUCUUAGCGCUAUGACUGUCAUAAGUUAAUGUUUAAUGUCGUCUUAGCACUAUGAUCGCUUUACAGUAGAACGGUCCCCAGAUCGACAUUCAUUCAGUGUUCAUAUGGAUGUUUGUGUAUGCUGUCACUAAAUAUUAGUCACCUACGAAACACAAUUUAUUGUUAGGGUCACUGAUUUAUGAAUACAGUAGUUAUAAUCCUGUUUGGUUAAUUAGGUUGAAGUAAAAAUAAUAUUGUGUACCAUAUUUUAUUCUUAAUUUGAAAUAACUUUAUAGUUGGUAAAAAAUGAAUGUUUGAAGUAAAAGAUGUUUACUGUUUAUAAAGUAAACCUUAUGUAAUUCUGGCACAGAAAUUUAAACUUGCUCUCUUAUUUUAAGGAUGUUUGCAUGGCCAGAGACAAAAAAUAUCUUUUUAUUUGUGUUGUUGCACACUUUCUAAUGCAGGAAAAAAGUGUCACAUCACUUCAAUAGUUUCAGAGCAGCAAAGACAUCUGCCCAUAUCUGCUAUACAUGUUUCUGUGUCUGGCUGCGCCAGUUUGCCAUACAGCAUUACACACAAAACAAUCCUUUAUACUUUUUCAGAGAAAUCCAAUGGAAUACUGUCUCCUGUUUACCUUCAUAACACAUGUAGCGUAUCUAUAAUGAGUAAGGUCUGUUGUACUUUGUUAGAUCCAAGGCAAGAAAAAGAACUACUUCUUUUACAUAUGAUCCUUCAGCAACCCAUGCUUGCCGUAAACGGCGACUAUGCUUGUAAGAGGCGACUAUUGGGAUUGGGUGAUCAGGCUUGCUGACAUGGUUGAUGCAUGUCAUCGUAUCCCAAUUGCGUGGAUCGACGAUGCUCAUGAUGUCAAUCACUGGAUUGUCUGGUCCAGAUUUGAUUAUUUACAGACUACAAAUUGCUGGAAUAUUGCAGAGUGCGGCGUUAAAGACUGAAACAUGUGCUCCUAAUUUCUUAUGACACCAGUUGUCAAGAGAACUGAAACUUUAUACAGACAAAUAGUAUAUUUUUAACCUACCAAUGGACCCAUAGUGGUUAGGGAAGUUUUUUUCUCUCAGCCUAGCCUAUUGGUCAUAGCUUCUGUAGUGCAAGCACUGCUUUGUGGAAUGGGAUGCAUAGUUGGCUAUUAACUGGCGGGGCCAGAGGAGGAGGUGCAGGGAGUGGUCCCCCUUUAUGUCAGACCUUACGUGUCACCCUGUGUCUGUCUGUCCUCACGGUUUUAUUCACAUCAAGUCUUGGGUAGUGUACACCCCCUUUCACAUCAAGUCUUGGGUAGUGUGCACCCCCUUUCUCAAAAUCCUGGGUCUGCCACAGCCUUUUUCAGUACUUCGAUUUGAGCAAGUCGUAAUUGGUCAGCGGACAUAUAAUGGCUAUGUUCUACUCCAUGAAGCCCAGGCAAGUGUAGACUGCUGAUUGUUAUUGUGGGAUUCUAUAGUGUAGAAUAUCACACAUAGCAAGGUUGUGACCACUCUAUAGUUUAGACACUGGGGACCCCUUCUGCUCUGUAUUCUUCAUGCAGGUCAUCCCAAGUCCACCAUGCACUUCAGUUUUUUUACCUACUGGAAUACCGGUAGUUUUUUUCAGGGGAUGUUUCCAUUUUUUUUUGCGACCCAUGUAUAUUACUGAAAGUAACUUUGUCAUAUCAAAUCCAUUAAUUAUUUGAAUUUCUUUCUUUUUGAAUAUUUACCUCAAGACUUUUUAUCCCGGGUGGGUUUUCAUUGUUGAAUGUUACCAAACCAUUUUAUACAAGCAAAGGUUGUUGACAUUUUUUUGAUGUUUUAUAAAAUGCAUAAUCAUGGUAAGGUUUUAUCACAAAGCAGACAUCAUGAUACCAUUUCUCAUGUGUCUUGUGAUGUUUUAUUGUAUGUUUGUGAUGUCAUAUCAUGUCAGGGUUUCAUAUCAUGUAAUGGACAUUGAUGGCAGCUGAGUUCUGAUAUAUCAUGUUUUUAGUAUACCUUGAUACCUUGAUCUGUACGUACGCCACAUCAAUCAGACAGCAUCCUCGAUAACCAUGUGUCCCAGAUCUCCAUUCUGUUGUGAUAAGUACCCUUGAUGUAUAACCAUAGCUUCAUUUGAGGAUGAAACAACAUAUGCGAAAGCUAAAAUUAGCCGUCCAAUCAAAUAUAACUCAUGUGCGGGAUAAUAAGCAGACGCAACCCUGAAAAUGUUUCGUAUCCCACCUUAAGACGGGCCAUGAGUAGUCCAGAGAAGGUCAAACAUCAUAAACCAUGCCUUAUGUCACUUCACAUCAAGUAUAUCAUCAAAUGUGCCUGUCGUCACGUCACAUCAAGUAUAUCAUCAAAUGUGCCUGGUGUCACCUCACAUCAAGUAUAUCAUCAAAUGUGCCUGGUGUCACGUCACAUCAAGUAUAUCAUCAAAUGUGCCUGGUGUCACGUCACAUCAAGUAUAUCAUCAAAUGUGCCUGGUGUCACGUCACUUCAAGUAUAUCAUCAAAUGUGCCUUGUGACUUCAUAUCACAUCAUAUAUACUAGUAUAUAAUCAAAUGUGUCUUGUGAUUUUAUAUCACAUCAUAUAUACUAGUAUAUCAUUAAAUGUGCCUGGUGAUUUUAUAUCACGUCAUGUCAUGUCAAAUGUGCCUGGUGAUUUUAUAUCACAUCAUAUAUACUAGUAUAUAUCAUCAAAAGUGCCUUGUGGUUUCAUAUCACGUCAUGUAUAUCACUGCAUGUGCUUUGUGAUGUCAUAUCACACGUGUAUUAUCAAAUGUGUCUCAUCAAGUCCAAACCUAUUCUGUGAUACCGUAUCACAUGAUUGCUGGUUGGUAUCAUAAUAUGUGCCUUGGUUCGAUACACAAAGCAUCAACGUGCACAGUUGUCAGACAGUUUCAUGUAGUGCUUGUACAUACUGAUGUCAACAUGGGCACUGCAGCGUGCUUGCCCUCAUAAUAAUGUUUAGAGUUUUAUACUUCAACUUCCAGUAUAUCAUCUAGGUACAUUUUCUCCAAAGAUCUGAUAUAAAACUGAAGAUAAAGACCUACAGGAGAU